AUGAAGAUGAAGCUCUUAAAGAACACUUGGCCUUUACGGCUGGGGCACAGGAAGAAAUUGAGUCGCUGUGUAAGCACCUGGUCUCCAUUGGCCACUGCCUUCAACACUCGACCAACAUCUAGACCUAUUUUUGACUCAAUGCGAGAAAGAACUGGACUCUUCAACAAGCCAGAACUAGUUAGUUUCGAAGGGUUCUUCAGUAUGAGAGAUCAGGCAAUUGCGGCCACAGACCGAUUGAUAGAGGAGGCUACUUCAAACCCAACCCGUCCCAUGGUGGAGAUCUUUGAUGAACUGUCCGAUACCUUGUGCAAGGUGGCUGAUCUAGCAGAGUUUGUGAGGAUAGCUCACCCACAGUCCCAUUUCGCAAGUGCUGCUGAAGAUGCUUGUAUUAGUGUUAGCGGUGUUGUUGAAAAAUUAAACACUCAUAAAGGACUUUACGAAGCAUUAAGAGACUCUGUAAAGCGCGGGACGUCAGGGGACCAGCAUUUAGCCGAGUUAUUCCUCUUCGACUUUGAGCAGAGUGGCAUCCAGUUAGCUGAGGAGCGACGUCGAAGGGUCGUAGCUCUGAAUGACCUUAUACUUCAAACUGGACAGAGGUUUAUGGCCGGAGCGGCGAAACCGAGAAGGGUACCACGGUCUGUUGUACCUGCUAAUAUUAGACAAUUUUUCAGUAGCGAAGGUGACGAUAUAAUAGUGAGCGGCGUGUACGCGGAGUGCGGCGAGGCGGCGGCGCGCGAGGCGGCCUACAGGCUGUACCUGGCGCCCGACAAGCUGCAGCACCAGCUACUGUCCACCACCCUCGAUGCCAGGCACGAGAUGGCUACUAUAUGCGGCUUCCAGAGCUAUGCUGAUAGGGCAAUAAAAGCGAGUACAAUGGAGACAGCAGCGAAUGUGAGACAGUUCCUUGACAUCCUCUCAGAUAAUCUGUACGAUAGAGCUAAGAUGGACUUUGAUGCUAUGCUGCAAAUGAAGAUGAUGGAAACGCCAUAUUUGAACUCCUUAAUGUGCUGGGACACGCCGUACUACACUCACAAAGCGAAGGCACAACUCCUGAAUGUGGCUAACUCAGACUUCAGUCCUUAUUUUUCAUUGGGUGGUUGCAUGGAAGGUUUGAACAUGCUCUGUGAAGAGUUGUACGGCAUCAGUUUGAAGUCCGAGGAGAUGUUGCCAGGUGAAUCCUGGUCUCCGGACGUGUACAAGCUGGCAGUGGUGCACGAGUCGGAAGGUCUGCUGGGCCACAUCUACUGCGACCUGUACGAGCGGCCCGGCAAGCCUCACCAAGACUGUCACUUCACCAUACAGGGGGGGAAGCUGUUGCCUGACGGAAGCUACCAGAACCCCAUCGUGGUGGUGAUGUUGUCUCUGAGCGGCGGGCACCGGUCGGGCCCGGCGCUGCUGUCUGCGGGCGGCGUGGACAACCUGUUCCACGAGCUGGGCCACGCGCUGCACUCCAUGCUGGGCCGCGCGCCGCACCAGCACGUCGCCGGCACGCGCUGCGCCACCGACCUCGCCGAGGUGCCCUCCGUACUCAUGGAGUACUUCGCCAGCAGUCCACAGGUCAUCCGUCGUUUCGCCCGUCACUUCCAAACACGGGAGCCGAUGCCUGAAGAUAUGCUAAACCGGCUCUGCGCUUCUAAACAUUUAUUUGGAGCAAGCGAAAUGCAGCUACAGGUGUUCUAUUCAGCAUUGGACCAGCACUACCAUGGGCCAGAGGCAUCAUCUCAUGGCAGGACAACAGAAGUAUUGCAGAGAGUGCAGAAACAAUAUUAUGGACUGCCUUAUGUUGAAAAUACCGCCUGGCAGCAUAGGUUUAGCCACUUAAUAGGGUACGGAGCGAAGUACUAUUCAUACCUGAUCUCCCGCGGCAUCGCUUGGAGUGUGUGGCACAAAUAUUUCCAGGACGAACCACUGUCCAGGACAGCUGGAGAUAAUCUCAGACAUGGAUUGUUACGACAUGGAGGCGCUGUGCCACCUAAGAUUUUACUUCGCGACUAUUUACAAGAAGAAGUGACGCCUACCACGCUAGCUAACGCUCUUGCAGAGGAACUCGACUACCACAAGGAUCAUUUAGACACCGUACUCAAAGUUAUCAACAAAUGA